AUGCAUCCAAUCUCAGCAGCUGAUAUCCUGAAAACAUCACGGUUUCGGUCUCCAAAACCGUCUGGUGAUACCGGCCGUAGCAGCCAUGGCGUGCAGAAGCACCAAAGGUCCGCAUCUGCAGGAGCUGGAAGAGCCUGGACUGAAGAAGAGGAAGUGUAUCUUGUCCGAUCUCGCAUGCAUAAAAUGCCGUAUAAGCACAUUGCUCUACACCUCAGAAAGACAGAGUUGGCAUGUCGGCUCCACUAUCACCAAAUGCUUUAUGGAAGCAACCGCCGGCGACGCAGUGAAUCGAUUUCAUCAAUCGUGAGCUCAUGCACUACUUCUUACGGGGUCGAAGAACAGCCCCAAGACAAAGAGGCCCUUGCUCCAUCCCCACCAAGGACCCCUCCAUCAGAGAAUUGCUCAGCGCCCUCCUCUGCUGCGAACUCCCCUCAAUGCUCACGUUUGCAUGUCCCAAUCCUUCCCAAACCUGUCAGCCAGCUACACUCCGCCCAACCCGCCAACUACGGGUUUGACAAGCAGCUCCGCCUCGAAACGUCGUUCCCAGAUCACAACCAAUACAAUCACUACCAGAUCGACACCCUCCGGCUUCGCAGCCUCUACGACGCAUACCGCCACUCAUUCUGGUCCCUCAUCGCAUCGGAAUACUCCAAGGACCCAGAGCUCUCUGGCCCCAAACUUGAAGAAGCCUUCUUCCACUCUGCUCUUGCAUCGAGCCCCGAGCGUGUGCUGCCCAUGCCCACUCCGAGAUGCAGCCCCAAGAGCUUGACUCCAACUAUUCACGAGGAGCUCCCUGAUGGCCCGCAACUUCCUCUACCGGCCCCGGCUGCAUUUCGCGCUAUCAACGAGCAUGACCGUGGACGAAGGGACUCCAACGCAUCCGCCAACGCCAGUCAUCGGAUAGAGAAGUGUGCUGUUGCUUCACUGCUCACUGUGGAAAAGGAGGUCUGGGCCCCGAAGGAGAUUGCAUCCAAAUAA